GGGCUCUGAGGCUGGACCCGCCCGCUAGUCAGUCAGUCCCUUGGUGUCUUAGUGUUCACACGCUCCUACUCGCAGCUGGACACCGAUGCGGUUUCUACUAGCGGCGGUUGCCGUGUUGGCAGCUCUCACACAUGGACACCAAGUUGAGAGGCGCCAGGCCCCUGCGGACGUCUCCAAGAAGGUGGUGUGUUACUACACCAACUGGUCCGUGUACCGCAAGGGGGAGGCCAAGUACACGCCCCAGAACAUCAACCCUUACCUCUGUACGCAUCUCGUCUACGCUUUUGGCGGACUUACGGACGAGUUCGAGAUAAAGCCCUUCGACUCCUACCAGGAUAUUGAGCAAGGCGGCUAUGCCAAGUUCAACGGGUUAAAACAGUACAAUAAGGGACUGAAGACCCUCCUGGCUAUCGGCGGAUGGAACGAGGGAUCCGGACGGUUCAGCGAGCUGGUCUCCCUCCCGGAGUACCGCCGGACCUUCAUCAUCUCCACCAUCAAGCACCUUCGUCGCUACAACUUCGACGGUCUGGACCUGGACUGGGAGUACCCGGCGUCACGCGACGGCUCCAUGCCCGAGGACAGGGAGAACUAUGCUGCUCUUGUGAAGGAGCUUCGCGAAGCCUUCGACGACGAGGGAAGCAAGGUGAAGAAGGGUCCCCUGCUGCUGACCAUGGCCGUACCUGCAGGCAAGAACUACAUCGACAAGGGCUACGACGUUCCAUCUCUUACCAGGGACCUGGACUUCUUCAACAUACUGAACUACGAUUACCACAGCGCAUAUGAACCCAGCGUCAACCACCACGCCUCCCUCCUCCCCGCCCCAGGCACCUCAGAGUACGCCUGGAACGCCGAACUCAAUGUGGACUGGACGGUAAAGUAUUACAUCUCCCUGGGCGCCGACAAGCACAAGUUGGUGAUGGGCAUCCCGACCUACGGUCGUUCCUUCACUCUCAUUGACGGCAAUUUCACCGACUUCGGCGCCUCAGCUGACGGCCCGGGCGAGCAGGGGAAGUACACCAGAGAAAACGGGUUUAUGGCUUUUUAUGAAGUUUGUGAAAAUAUUGCGUCGAACGGGUGGGAAGUGCGCAAACCCUAUCCACGCCGGAUCGGCCCCUACGCCUUCGCUGGGAACCAGUGGGUCGGCUACGAUGACGAGAAGAUCGUGGCCAGGAAGGCGGAGUACGUGAGAGAACACAACCUUGGGGGAAUAAUGUACUGGAGUCUGGACAACGACGACUUCCGUGGUAUCUGUAACGGAGAGCAGUACCCUCUGGUGGAGGCCGGCAAGAAGGCGCUCUUCGGCGGCGGCGAGGACGCCAAUGAGGCCAGAGACAUCAAGAGUGCCACGGCAGGGACACGCUCGCAGAACAGCCUGUCCUCGCGCCUCCAGAAUCGCCGACGACCCUCCACCACGACGCCUGCCCUGACUACCACGACUACCACCACCCCCAGAUCCACCACCCCGCCCACCACCACCACUACCCAAAAGCCAGCCAGCCGCCCUGGGGUCAAGCGGCGACGUCCUGGAACCCGUCAACGCCCACAACAGCAACAGAGAACCACGACUAUAGAUCCGCUGAACACUCCAGCGCCUCCCACCACCCCUAGACCCGUCUCCAGCUUUGCUUGCAAACGCGAGGGCUUCUACCAGAACCCUGACAACUGCCACAAGUACUACUGGUGUCUCGACUCAGGACCUUCAGGGCUGGGCAUCGUCGCCCACGCCUUCACCUGCCCCUCAGAUUUGGUCUUCAACAAGGUUAUCGACGGCUGCGACCACCCGAGCCGGGCCAGGUGCAGUACGGACAAAAAGGGCAGAGGAGGGGCGGCGGCGACUACCACUACCCAAGGUCCAACCACCCCCAUCCCCACCACCACGGAGAUCCCGACCGACUACUCUUACUACGACGACUACUACGGUGACGAUGAAUACUACUACGAUGAGGAACCUGCCGUUGCCGAACUGCCCAAACCUGUGGAGGAGGUGUCCAACACCGUCAGUAGACAGCUACAGAACUCUGGAGGCGCCCAGUUCACGAGGGGGUCAAGUAGUACCACUGAAGCCACAAUCGAAGUUGAGACGACCUCAAGACCUCUCGGUGGCCGCACUAGGCCCCAGUACGCCAGCAUAUCCCGUGACAGAACGGAGGCUCCGGAACCUGCCGUCCAGGAAGCUCUGGAACCUGCCGUCCAGGAGGCCCCUAAGCGACGAGACUCAAUAAACCCUCCCCUACGCGGCCGUCUACAGUAUAGUGCUAUUGAACGCCAACGUCCAGGGCGCCCUACCGCCCAGUCCAGUCCCGUCGAGGAGGAGGGCGAAGUCCGUGAGGCUGAACUCACAACAACAGGCGGCCGCCAGUAUGUCACCCUCGACAGACGCCGACCAGUCGCCGACAGGAAAGAUACCCCGGCUCUUGAGGCUGUGUCCCCAACCGAACCAUCUCGCCAGUACGUGACUAUUACCCGCUCUAGUGGCAUCACAACACCUGGAACCCCUACCCCACCUACUCCUUCAGGCUCAGAGCCAACCGUUAGUCCGGCACUAGGAUUAGUUCCUGCCGUAUCCACAACACCAAGGUAUGUGGUGCUAGAGCGAGGCCGCUUUACCACUCCCGCUGCAGAGGAAGAGACACCCGCCGUGUUCGAGGAGACGACUGUCACCAACGUGCCUGCUGCAGCCGAAGAUUACAGUUACUACGACGACGACGGCAUCUACGGUGCUGUAGGGUCGUCUGGCCUUGACCUCCCAGGCUCUUCUACGCCGCCGUCAGUACCACAAACAUCAACCACUACUACAACAACUACAACCACAACACCUCCACCUACUACUACUACUACAACCACCACCACCACCACAACCCCCUCCUCCACCACCACAACCACCUCCUCCACCACCACCCCCACUACAACAACUGAGUCUACAACAAGUACAACAGCUGACACCACCAGAGGACCAACACGAACCCGCACCCGCGUGAAAGGUCGUCCCGAAGGGGCGUCACCAACCUCACGCUUGGGACCAUCUGCAGGCGGUGGGCGUCGAAGGACCUCCGCAGAGUCCCGCCCUCCCUCCACACCUAGCCAGGACCCAGCACUGGAGGAGGCGAGGGCUGGGGGAAGGGAGAAGGAGGAGGAGGAGGGUCCUGAGUCGGCGCCCAGCGUUGUCAGACAGCCCUCAGCCCCCACACCUAGCGGGUCUCCCCAGCACCCCCGGAGAAGAGUUGUAGUGAGGAAGAGAGUCGAGAAGAAAGCAGCCUCUGGUCAAGAACAGACCAGCAGACCGUCGAGGAACAAGCUGCGCUCACCGACUUCCACCCACAACCUCCCAACCAGAUCCUUCACCCGCCCUCGGCCCACCCCACAGCUUGAAGCCAGUGAACAGCCUGAAGCUCGUGAGCGCCCAACCCGCCCACUGGUCGGGAUCAGUCCACGUCCAACUCUCUCAAUUAAAGACAGACCAAGACCAACUCGCCCAUCUGAUGACACUCCAAGGCUCACCCGUCCACUCGUUCAGACCACUCCGCGAACAUCGCGCCCUGUCUCCCAGCUGGAUGAUGCUAGUCCACACCCAUUCCUGCAGGAGGAAGACUCACGCCCACUUAACCCUCUGAUCAGCAUCCCUGCCCCUGUGACGAGCCCCACGACUCUGGCGCCCACACUCGCCGAGGAGGAAAGUAUCACUGUGUUCCGUCAAGACUUUCCGGAAACAACACUUUUCCCGGAGACCUCGGUAAGACCCACCUUCUCGUCUCUAUUCUCUCGACCCGCGGCCACCUCACCUGCUCCCACCACGCCCACGCCCACAACAACUUCGACUCCACGCUCACGCGGCAGCCCACGCCCACGCCCUAGUCUACGCCCCACCUUCAGCUCUACGCCACGCACAACCACUACGCCUCCACCACCAAGAAGCCCACGCCCAGUACGCCUAAGCCCUGAAAGAGUACCCCUAGCUCCUGUGGCCACUCCCGGCCCAGCGCAAUCGUCCAUCAAAGACGGCAACGACUACUAUGAUUACUACUACGACGACCUGGGCGGCGCCCUCACCGGGACACUGGGGCAGCUGGCGACGACGCUAACGGAAAAGGCGGUACUGAUGGCUGACGGCUCUGUCCAGUGCAACGACACUGGAUACUUCGCCCACCCUGACUCGUGCAAGAAGUUUAUAUCGUGUUCGAAGACUGUUCGAGGACUGGUGCGUGGCUGGGUGUACACCUGCCCCCAGCACCUUGUUUUUGAUCCUGUCGGCGGAAUGUGUAACUGGGCAGAGACCGUCGACUGUGAGGGACGAAAAUAGAAAAAUCGCCAAGUUGAGAAACGGCUACAAAAAAUAAAUAGCUAAUCUAAAGAACAGUAGAAGGAACUUAGUCAGGUUCACGUCCACUGGCAAGGAACUUGGUUAACUUCACGUCCACUGGAAGGAACUUCCAUAGGUCAAGUUCACGUCCACUGCAAAGAACUUGGUUAAGUUCACGUCCGCUGGAAGGAACUUGGUCAAGUUCACGUCCACUGGAAGGAACUUCGCCAAGUAGAGUACCAGCGGAAGAAAAAGUCGCUAAGUUGAGGAACAGGUUCCUUGAGUUUCCAGACUUCGGACAUAACAGAAAGAAGUCGUCAAGUAACAAGAACGUGUUGGCUAUGUUCGGCAGCUGAUGGUGGACUGCGACAGGAAAAUAUAAAUAAAAAAAAAAUUUCAAGAGCCGAAGAAAAAAAGUUAGAUUUUUCCAAUAUUUAUGUCUUUUCACAUAUAAUUUCACACAUUUUUUUGCAUCAGAAAUGUACAAGUGUCUCGCUUAUUUCUUAUCACUGUUUCCAAAAUGUGGAUUAUUUUACACAAGAGGUUGAUUCUAUUGUUUGUAUUUUCAGUGAUAAAUAUAAACUGUAUGGAAGCCUCACUAUAUAAUUGUAAACACUCAGAGAAGACAUUUAUUCAUUCUAUAAGCGAUGAAGGUAUAAUGUUGUGUUGCCUUCACGUCAGUUGUUCAUGCCAAAUCUCUUGAAUCCCUGAUGUCUCACUAUAAAUGUUCUAUCUCUAUCUCUCGCUGGAAGAAAAUAUACUAUAUUAAUGUUUUUCCUUUUUUUUACAACUCUUGUUUAUGUGUGGGUGAACGUGCUUGGCUUAGGCUCCGUUGUGAUGUACUGCGCAGGAUGGUGGUCAAGUGUGUGUGUGUGUGUGUGUGUGUGUGUGCGCGUGUGUGCGUGCAUGAGUGCCUGAGUUCUCGCUGGAAAAUAAAGCAUUGUAAUCUAAAUUAUGUUAGUGACGAGUGUGACAGCAUUAACAUUCAUGUUUGAGAAAGCAUUCAUGUUUAUUAUGUACAUAGCAUUUUAUAAUUAAAGUUGUCAAUGAAAA